CAACGCUUUAACCACUAGGCUACCCCACCGCCCCUGACAGUGAGGAAGGAAUUCAAGGAAUGGCAGCGCUCUCUGACUGGUUUCCCUGUCAAACCCGAACUGAUUAGCUAUGGAUAAUAUGUAUCGACUGUUGUGUGCGUGCAAGAAGUUCGCGUAAAUGUGCAACAUCUGGCGUAUUAGUUAAACACCGUAUCCCACACAAGACUAAACCGCAUGCAUAAUGUUUAACAGCACAAUAAAUUAGCGUACACUUACUUAAACAAGCCCAUAUACACUUAACAAGCUGAAGGUGAACUGAGGCAACCGUGAUCUGGUCCUACAUCACCAUCACUAGUAGUUGAUGCUCUUCACUGGAAAACUACAUCCGUCGCUACUGCAGCCUUGUCCGUAGAGGAACAGAGCAGGACAGAUACACAGAGUGUUAAUCUGACGUUGGUCUGCUCAUUUUGAGAGGUUUCAAGUCAAUACAAAGCAAAGAUAAAUCAAAGACUAAAUAGGAAGCUCAGCAACAUACAAUUGUCUAUAUAUUUCCCAUUUGAUGAUGACGCAUGUUACUACUGAGCCGUCACUACAUAUCCAAUACACUGACAGUGAUACUGCCAAGCUCAGUGUUCCUAGGAAUGCCGAUCAAGGUCACAACAAUGUUGCUGGGUGGAAGUGGUCAGUGUUUGCAAGGUCGCCAACAGCACGUAAACAGCACUUUGUGGUUUGUUUUUCAGGAACUACCCCUGAAAUCUUUCUGAAGUGUUUCGCCGAGUUCAUUAUUGAAUCUCAUACAAAUUAUCUCCUGUCACUGCCAUGUUCUAGUUCGACGAUGUUUGGAGAACACUUUAAAGUUAGAAAGGCAUUUGUUUCCACAACAACAGAGCACCUCCUGCAACAGAUGAAAAAGAUGUUCCUUCAAAUGCAACAGAUUCCACAUCGCAUUAAUUCACCAAUACCCGUGGUUUAUGUUUUUUCUGGAACCGGGUCUGCAUGGACUGGGAUGUGCAAGCAUUUGAUUGAAAAUAACCACACCUUCAAAGCUGCCAUAGAAGACAUUGCUGUCUCUUUGAGGAGGUAUGUUCCUUGGUCUCUGACAAAGAGAUUUGCAGAGAGUUAUGACGUUGGGGAUUUGAUCUUUGAUCCUGUUUCCAUAUUUGCAUGCGAGGUGGCACUGGCGCGGCUCUGGCAAGAGCUGGGAGUAGAACCGUCUGCAGUCGUAGGUCAGUCUCUUGGAGAGGUGGCAGCUGCUCAUAUAGCUGGGAUACUUCCUCUUGACGAGGCAGUGAAGGUUGUCUUUCACCGGUCCAAGAUACUGUCCCAAACUGAAGAAGGAAAGAUGAUACUGGUGCGUAACCUGGAAACAACGAAAGUGGAGGCAAUGUGUUCAAAGUAUAAGGGUAAAUUGAAUGUAAGUUUGUUCCACAGUCCAGUAUCGUGUUCGGUCUCUGGAGAUAGGAAGGCUGUUGAUGCACUUGCAAAUGAAAUAUCUCUGCAUCAAUCAGAAAUUAAGAUAAUUGCUCUUGACCGUUCCCGCGCUUACCACAGUCAUCAUAUGGAGGUAGGCCAGCAGCAACUCGUUCAAGAACUGAACCAUCUGAAAACAGAAGACCCUUCAGUCAGGAUGAUUUCUACACUGUCACCAGAUUAUACCUCACAGGACAUCAGGUCAACCAAAUACUGGGGUCAACACUUACGACAACCUGUUCAGUAUUGUGAAGCGAUACGAACAGCUGUGAGCAAACAAAAUGCUAUCUUACUUGAGAUAGCACCGAGGCCAAUACUGAGGGCCCAUUUGAAAGACAUUUUCUUUGAUCGGCCUUCAGUCCCUCUGUGUCUGUCGUCUAUGUCUUACCCAGGGACGAACGAAGACUUGCUUGAGUCCGCCGCAGUUCUGUAUGAGCACAAUAUAAACAUAAAGUGGGAGGCUCUGAUUAUGGAAAACACGUCAUCGCCUGAAUGACGGAAACAAAUGGAUGAUGGUCUAAUAUGUUAAUAUUACACAGAAGAUGAUGAACGUCAUAUGCCAGUUUCUUCGUAUGAAAAGCAGGAGUUUCGGCAAGAUUUGAGGAAAUAAACAUCUGAAUUCUUUUUGUUCAAAGAACGUGAUUCGAAUGUUUUAUAUGUGGGUUUACUUCACCCACAUCUUUGACUGACUGAUUAGGG